CCAAAACCCAAACCCUCCUCCCCUGCUUCCUCUGGUGACGGGUUGCGCCGCCGCCGACGAGUCACCGAGCGAGAUGGCGAGCUCGGCGCUGAGGCGAUCUCUUCCACGGCGCGGCUCGCUCCGGCGCCUCCUCCCUUCUCACCCACCAUCCGCCGCCACCUCCUCGUUCCUUCGCUCCUUCCACUCCGAAGAGAGCGCGGAGGGCGAGAGCACGGAGGGCUUUGAAAAGCGGAUGUUUGGGAACCAGAGGGAGCCGGAUGACAACUCGUUCUUCGGGAAGCUCGAUGGGUUUGGGAGCUCCUUCGGAAGAAGACAUGGCACAGGCUCUGGGAUGGGUGCCUUCAGUCAGCAGGGUGGGAUGGGUAACUUGUUUGGUGAGAGGAGUAGUCAUGGGAUCAUGGACGGUUUCGACUCCUUGAACGAUGGCAUGAACGAGAAGUUGGAUGACGCGGCCCGCACCUUUCACAUGACGGAUGAGGUUGAGGACGAUGACUAUGAUUUCAGGCCAGAUGUGAAUUACAGGCGAGGCUCGACUUACAAUGUCCGGGAUCUUGACCUGACAAGACCUGCAGCCCCAAAGAAUCCUCCUAGACCUCAGUUUGAAACAUCUACAAAGGAAGUCUUAAGGAAAGCUGAUUUUAGGAAUGUUAGAUUCCUCGCCAACUUUAUUACAGAGGCUGGCAUUAUCAUCAAGAGGAAUCAGACCAAGAUAAGUGCGAAAGCUCAGCGCAAGGUGGCGAGAGAGAUUAAAACAGCGCGUGCACUGGGGCUGAUGCCUUUCACGACAAUGGGCAAGAGACCAUUCAUCUUUGGCAGAAGUGCGGAAGAGGAUGCUUCAGAAGAGGAAUAUGGGUAUGAAUUCGUCCAGAAGGAUGCCGAGCCUGAAGACACUGUAGGCGAUGUUGUGCCCGAUGUGGAGACUGCGUAAACAAUCUGGAGUAGUUGGUCAUUUAUAGAAAAGUUCUCGCUUCUACUUAGUGCCUCGUGUUAUGUAUGUCACACUCUAUUUCUCCUAUCUAGUAUGGAUGCCUCUUGAGAAUAAUGGAAGCUUACGCCCCGCAAAACAUGAAACUGUUGAUAGUAUUGACUUAUGGAUUAGCUAUUCCUCAUUUUCAGGUUGCUUCUCCCCAUUUCUAUGGUUACAUCCUUAGAUAUAAUAUCAAGCCCUUCUAAACAAGGCACUAUGAAUGUACAACAGUUCAGAACAUUUUUUAAGUUGUCAGUCACUGCAUUUUUUGA